UCUGUGCACAGUCAAGCAGAAAUACGCGGAGAAUGUUCCUCACAACAUGACGGAGAAGGAGUUCUGGACGCGGUUCUUCCAGUCUCAUUACUUCCACAGAGACCGGAUCAGCACGGGCCUGCAGGACAUCUUCUCCGAGUGUGCCAAACAGGACGAGAGGGGCCUGAAAUCGAUGGUGACGCAGGGAGUGAAGAACCCUAUGGUGGACCUGCUUUCUCUGGAGGAUAAAACAUUAGAUGAGGGUUACGGCACAGCUACAGUUCCCACUCCAUCAAACUCCUCAAACAAAUCUCUGAGAGAGAACAGCAACUGUGCCAUAAUCAAACGCUUCAACCAUCACAGUGCCAUGGUGCUGGCGGCCGGCCUACGCAAACCGGAAGCUCCCAGCGAUCAAGCCAGUGAGACCAGCAGCACUGAUGGGAACUCCAGAGAUUCAGAUCUCUUCCAGCCGCCAAUCAAAAAGGUAAAGUUACAGGAAGCCAUCGAGUAUGAUGACCUGCAGGGUGACUCCGGGCGUAAGACCAUCUCUCUGAACCUGAAGAAAUCAGACAGAUAUUCCCACGGCCCGGUUCCUCUUCAGUCGCAGCAGUACACCACCAGUCAGGACAUGAUCAACUCCAUCAGCAUCAUCCAGCGCGAGAUGAGGAGCUAUAAACCCCGUCUGACGCAGGUGAUGUCCAGCAGUGCGGCGAGCUCCGCCAUCAUAUCGCUGUCACCUGGAGGAGUCCUGAUGCAGGGCGGAGGUCAAAAGACCAUUAACCAAUUAGUGCCCACUGAUGUUCAGAGCGAGCUGAAGCACUUAUAUAUGGCCGCCGGAGAGCUGCUCCGACACUUCUGGUCAUGUUUCCCCGUCAGCACUCCUUUCCUGGAGGAAAAGGUGGUAAAGAUGAAAUCUAACCUGGAGAAAUUCCAGGUGACGAAGCUCCGCCCCUUUCAAGAGAAGAUACAACGGCAGUAUUUGAGCUCUAAUCUAACGGGCCACCUGGAGGAAAUGCUUCAGGCUGCGUACAGCAAGUUCCAAGCCUGGCAGACGCGCCGGAUGAUGAGAAAGACCUGAGGAGACGGAGUGAAAGCCAUGAAAGAGAGAAAAGACUGAGUUUAAAGAGAACGGGAGAGAACUGUGACGCUCUCUCCCAGUUUGGACCGACUGGAGCCUGAUGGGCGGAUGUUCCAGCCAAUCAGAGCUGGAGGUGCUAGUGAGCACAUCUGUAUGGGGGAGGGGCUUAGAGAAGCUAAUCUUAUUGGUCCAUGUGGAGACGGGGGGUGUGCCAGUCACAAAUACCUGUAAUUAUUUUCUUCUCUCUUUACGUUUUUCGUUCAAUUCC